AGAACCAAUCAGGGGGAGGCUCUGGCUGGGCGAGACCCGCCCCCACGUGGCUGCUGCUGAAGGGACGGAGCCCCAGGGCUCGGUCACGUGGGAGCCGGAGGCGGCGGCGAUUGGACGCGCUGGGAGGCGGGAGUGGAGGACUUGCAGCAGCUGUGCAAGAUGCUGCCCAAUCCUGGCAUAUAUUAUUUCCCUUGGGAGAUAAAUUCUGGACCUGUCCGGGUUGGGGAAACACUGAGGACAUUUGGCAGGUUGCACUGCUAUGACCUGGCCCAGUCUGAAGCCAUCCUCACAGCCCAGCGCAACUCAGUCCAGCACCAGGUCCGUGUUUGCACCAAAUUUGUGGAACCGUUCCAAGCCCAGCUUGGGUCCCUGUAUGUGGCCUUGGGAGACAUGGAACAGAGGGAUGGUGAAGGGCCCGUGCUGAAGGCUCGAGUCCUGACAUGUGUGGAAGGGAUGAAUCUGUCCAUGCUGGAGCAAGCCAUACAGGAGCAGAGGAAGUAUUUCCAAGACAGACAGGGGCAGGUGGAGAGCAAUGCCUCUUAGCAUCCUGCUAUUGCAAGGACUUGCUGCUGGGCUGGAUCCUAGGUUUAGGCAAUACAUCUAAUCUAGCACCUGCCCUCUCUCCAUAAGGUCUUUUGUCAUGUAAACAUUACAAGCUCCUCAUUUGAUUUUGAAGUCACUGUCUCUUUCCAAUCUGUUUCAUGUUCUCAGAGCACCCAAAACUUGGACUCACCUUUAGGGAUUUUCUUCCUUAGAAGGUUGCUUUUCCCUAUUAUAUUGAGCAACCUCAGAAGGUUGCUUUUCCCCAUUAUAUUCUCACCUCCAACUUUUUGUGGGUGACCAAAGUGGAGGAUAACUGUGGCUUAAGCUGCUUUGCCCCUCAGAUCCGCCAGCACAUCUCACACUGGACUGGAAAUGCUCUCUGCUCUUCCAGUCUUGGGCUCACAUGACUCUAUUACUGUAUCACAGCCCUGAUUCCCAGAACUCUCACUGUUCUGUUGUUAAGUUGGUCUAGAAAUAAUAUUGUAGAGAAAGAAAAACUGCCUUUCCAUUCAGGAAGCCAAACGCAUUGUCACCCAAGAUCUGAAUUAGAAUUUGAGCCCAGGUCUUCAGGAAUAACCAGCUGAUGCCCUGUCCCAUACAUUGCAAAUACAGAGCUAACCUGUAUAAAGUCAUAGGUGAUGAUCUAUUUUUAGUGCAAUAGAAGCAUGGCUGGUACAUUCAAGAUGUACCUGGGGUAGCUCACAUACAUAUAGCAAAUUUGUAUCAGCAGAAAUUUUAGCUGACAAGUAUAUAUCACAGACCCAGGCAUACUCGUACACCAGAUGCUGCUGUGAGUUCGCUGCUAUCAGGAUUCAAGUCAGCUAGAUUAAAACUGACUCAGGUGUGCCUCUGUAUACUACAAACACCCCUCUGGACUGCAGUGUAGACACAGCAUGAGAGAAGAGUGGCUAGUGCUUGCCUCUGAACAGCAGUUGGAGUCGCAUGCAUACCCGAGGAAAGAAUAUGCCCUAAUGCAUUCCAAAACACAAGUUUGCAAUACCCCUGAGACAGAGUUUAACCAGUUGUUUGCCUCUAAAGAACUACGGUGAGAGAAAGUGGUAUGGGGGGAGAAAAGGGGGCUUUUCUUUUUAAAAAACCAAAUCUGUUAUGGGUUUUUUUUUGUUAUUGUAUUUCUUAUGUUCUGGACUGAGAUUUUCAUAAAUAAAGAUGAAGAAAGCAACCAGCCUGUUCCUGGGAUGGAUUAAAAAACACUUUUUCAUCCUA